AUGGCUUGCCCGAGAUUUCAAACCGCCUUAGCGGCUAUCGUGCCAGUACUUUUGCUCGCAGGGAGUGCAGGUGUGCAAAUGGCCGCUGUGCAGGCGCAGAGCACCGACAGUAUUCUUCAAAAGCUUCAGACCCCACUUGAGUGCACGUUUAACCAGGAACAAACUGACUUCAUGCUCGCGUCGUUUCCAAAUAAGGGAAGCGCGACAGAGUGCCAUCUUUUGUGUGCUGAACAUCCGCAGUGUGCGGCGUUUACGUAUUACGUAAACACCAAAACAUGUCUCCUUCACUCGAGGGUCGGCACGAAGGUGACGAACGAGCAAGCGCGCUGGGGCCCUAAACGUUGUGCGCCAUGCUUGGUGGCAGACAUUGACGUUAAAGUUGAUACAGUAAAGGAGGCAACCGUUUCCUCUGUGCAAGAGUGUGCACGGCAGUGCCAUACCGUCGCCUGCACCUUCUACGUGUACCAUCCAGCCACCAAGAAAUGCUACGUAAAAAAAUACGUGGAUGGCCUCCAGGGAAAAAUCUUUUCUCGAUCGGGGUAUUAUACGGGACUCCAUAACUGUACAAGUCAACACUGGUGCAAUGCGGAAGGAUUCGAGAUUCAGGGUGAGUCCCUUGAGACAACGACGGCCGAUGGUCCGGUGAAGUGUAGCGAGAUCUGCCUCAACCGCGAUGAUUGUGCGGCCUUCUCCUAUGUUCAAGCAAGCAAAACGUGCUCUCUCAAGUCACAGUCCUCCUUCGGCACAAUGGUACAGAAGGCAGGAGCAUACGCUGGCCCCAAAUCCUGCGGUCUCCCUGAACCCUGCGAACAGCAGGGCAAGAGACGAGUUGGCGGGUUCAUCGCCAUGUACUCUACAACCGUGGCCAAAACUGCUAGGGCCUGCCAGAAGAAGUGCACCUUGACGGAGCGCUGUUUCCAUUAUUCAGUCGGUCCAGAUGGCUGCUCCCUCCAUACUAUGGAUUCCACCCUUGAGGACAGAGCUGGAUACAUCAGCGGCGACAUGAUCUGUCAACACUGA